AUGGGAGGACAAUAUUUUCGCUUCUUUGAUCUGCCUGGCGAGCUUCGCACAGCAAUCUUGGAGCAUCUCGUCGUCAUGGACUCGGACAUACCUAUAUUCGCCAUGAGGGAGACAUGUGUGCAAAGUUCACCGAUGCUGCUGACUGACCUUUUGCUGGUGUGUCACCAGAUGAACCGAGAGGCGUCCGGCUUGUUCUAUACGCAGAACAAGUUUAUAGUCAAUCUCGGAUCUCGCAGAAUGUACAGCGAGAUUACACAAGACGGGCAGCUCUUCAGCCCCGAGGUCAUGGACGCUCGCCGUCGGAUCCGAUCCCUCAGCCUGCGCAUGCGACGCAUCAGUGGCGACUUUGAGCGGCUCGUGGUGCCCGCCGUCAAGGACAUGAUACUCAACGGCAGCCUCAGGGUCCUCGAUGUGGGCAUCCUGGCGCAGGAUACUAGUGCCCAGAAGACGGUAGUAUGCGAUCUCCGGCCGCACUCGGUCUCGCGAGAUUUGGGAGCCGCGAGUGUCGUCAAGACGACGCCAUUCCAGGCCCUUUUGCAGUUGCUGGUGGACCCGGACCUAGAGCAAGUCACGCUGUGGGUGUCACUGAUCCACUGGUCGCUCUGGUGUCCCUACCAUUCAACUAUUAAAAAGCACGCCAAACUGGAUAGCUACAAAGACGGUGUAAGCAUAGACUGGCGGCGGUUGGUGGAGGACUUUUCUGAUGGCAGUAGUAUCACCAAGGUCCAGCGGCCUAGAUUCGCGUGA